UGGUGUGGUGUGACAACAACUACUGAUAAGACACCCUUUCCCUUCCUCUCCAUUAAAAAAAAUACUAUAAUCUUUACUACAAAACAUUAAUACAAGCAUUUCAAGUUUCGCAACCAGUUCGCCGUAGGUUUCAUGCGACACUAUCUGCUAUUAGCCUGUUAUUAUCACUCGCCACUUCUUGGUGUCAAAAUUUGGUCAAGUAUUGGGUUUAAGGAAUUUGCUACUAAUUCCAUUAACAAGUUUUGUCCAUGUUGCUUGUUCUUGUUUGCUUCUCAAUAUUACCAAGUUUUUGCCUGGAAAGCCAUGUUAGUAUGUUUCCUUUGCACUUUCGUAUUGAACAUUAUCAAAGACAAAAAUCUUCCGUUUCCUUGUCCGCUUGAGAUUGCCAUUUGACUGUUUUUCUGUUCAAUUAAUUGAAAGGAUUCUGCAGUUUUUUUGGGACUGAUUCCCUUGCACAGACUCGGUUUAAACGAGAGUGUUUCUCAAAACGGUUCAAGUCCAAGCACAUUCUUUCUCAUUGCAACCUUUUGGCUGGUGGGACAAGGGCAUACGGCUUCUAGCACAAUUAGUUUUAGGAAGGAUUGAAAUCACCCAAAAUAUAUCAUUCUAUGGCUCUGAUCUAUUUUCUGGUGUAGAAUGGUCUUGUAGUCAUUACCCAGAAAAAACGUUAUUUGGGUGCUAAUUCCGAAAAUAAAAAAAAAAACAAAAAAGUGACAUCACCAAUGCUUGUUAUUGGAAAUGGAUAAGAUAAGGGAUAAUUGUAUUGAUCAUACACCAGUGCUCUGUUUCGCAGCCAAGAUGAGGGGUGCUUUCCUAGCAUUGGUUUUUCUUUCAUGCCAUGCUGCAGCUGUUCAUUGCUAUGGACGAAUUGGGUUCGAUCCACUCGGGAAAGUUUUGGGUGCUCACUUGUCGAAAAAGGCAGAGUCUGGUAGUCAUUCUGCUCCCGAGUUGAUUGCCAAAGAGUAUUUACCAGUGUACGUAGGCCCUCAGGAUGGACUGAAAGCUGCCGACAAGAUUGAAAGUUUGCCGGGCCAGCCUAAUGGAAUGAACUUUGAUCAGUACUCGGGAUAUGUCACUGUUGAUCCGAAGGCUGGCAGGGCGCUGUUCUACUACCUUGCACAGUCUCAGGACUCUUCUAGCAAGCCUCUUGUGCUGUGGCUAAAUGGAGGACCCGGUUGCUCGUCGUUUGGAGAUGGAGCAAUGAUGGAACUUGGCCCAUUUCGAGUCAAUAGUGAUGGUAAAACUCUAUGGGAAAACAAAUAUGCUUGGAACAAUGCUGCAAACAUCCUUUUUCUGGAGUCUCCAGCCGGUGUUGGAUUUUCUUACUCGAAUACAACAUCAGAUUACGACAAAAGCGGCGAUGCAAUGACUGCAGCAGAUUCAUACAGCUUUCUUGUCAACUGGCUGGAAAGGUUUCCUGAAUACAAAACCAGGGACUUCUUCAUAACUGGAGAGAGUUAUGCAGGACAUUAUAUCCCUCAGCUUGCUGAACUAAUCCUCCACAACAACAAGAUCACUAACCAAACUAUCAUCAACUUAAGGGGAAUAGCUAUGGGAAAUGCAUACGUAGAUUAUGAAACAACAUACACUGGGAUAUUCGACUUCUUCUGGUCGCAUGCUCUCAUAUCCGAUGAAAUUCAUGAGGGAAUUGUUUCAAAUUGCAAUUUCUCAGGGAGUGUAAAUGUGUCAGAUGCUUGCAAUAACUAUAUCUCUGAAGCACUUGAUGCUAAGGCCAACGUUUUCUUCUACGAUAUCUAUGCUCCUUUGUGUUCAUCACCGCCUUCGAACUCUCCCUCACUAUCGGCAUUCGAUCCGUGCUCGGAUAACUAUAUCUUCUCCUACUUGAACAUUCCUGGGGUGCAAAAAUCUCUUCAUGCAAAUGUAACUGGUCUUCCAGGACCGUGGGAUAGCUGCAACUCCUAUAUCUCUUCCCAGUGGAAUGACAUGCCAUUGACAGUGCUGCCCACCAUCCAGAAGCUCAUGAACAGUGGAAUUAGUGUUUGGAUUUACAGUGGAGAUACUGAUGGUAGGGUGCCAGUUACUUCGACUAGAUAUGCCAUUGACAGGCUUCAAACUUCAGUCAAGACUCCAUGGUACCCAUGGUAUCUGAAUGGCGAGGUUGGUGGGUACGCUGUUGUGUACGAGAAUCUGGUGUUCGUGACGGUGAGGGGAGCCGGGCACUUUGUUCCGAGUUAUCAACCAGCAAGAGCACUGGCCUUCUUCUCAUCCUUCUUGGAAGGGAAGCUUCCACCCUCGAAGUAAGAAGAAGAAGAAGAAGACAGUGAAGGUUGCUAAGCAACGGGAUUACAAUUGCAAGUCUGUUGAUGAAUAAAUGGGCCUUUGGGAAACUUCACCACAGAGAUUGUACUCGCCCAAUCCAUUUCCUUUCAAUAACUCAAACAAGUGUGCUUGAAUUUCAGUUUUUAUGUAUUUGUUAGCAACUGUGCAAAGAACACAGCAGCUUUGGAGUCAUAAGCCAUCUUCUUCCUUUCUCUCCUUAAGGGUUUCGUUCUUGUUAUCAAAAUUUUAAAAAUGAAAAUCAAAGACAAAUCAC